CCACACGUGUUCAUGUUCAUGUUUACGUUUUAAGAAAGUUCUUGCUAUAUAGUUACUGUUUACAAUAAAAAAAAAUUGGUAAAUAUGGAUGAACAAUAUGAUAUGCAAUUGAACAUCGUGUCUAGUGGAAAACUAAAAACCAAAUACAAGCAAAAAUUCCAUAGUAAGAGACAAAGAGUUAAAGCAAAGAUAGCUGGAAAAGUCCAUAAGCCUGUUAUAAAAACAGCAAGUUCAUCAACAUCAAAUAAUGAGAAGACUCCCAAAACAAGUGAUGUAAACAAUGAUAACAUCAGUAAGGAACAGACAAAAUCUGUGAUUGCAAUCAAACCCAAAUUAUCACAAAGUCCACUUGCUCAACAACAUACAAAAAAGCAUAAAUUAGUGGCUGACCAUGAAUCAACACCGAAAGAUGACCUCCCUCCUCCCCCACCAUCAAAAGUCCCAAGAACAGGACCAUUUAUUUCAUCAUUGUUCAAGAGUAAUCCUGAAAUACCUAAGAUGGAUUGUUCAAUUGUCGAACCAAUAAAAGAAGAAAUAUUCACAUCAAAGAAAUUCAGUGACCUCCCUUUAAAUCCUAAUAUGAUAACAAAUCUAGAAGGUAAAAUGAAUAUGAACAAUAUGACAACAGUUCAACAGUUAGCUAUACCUCAGAUAUUACAAGGAAAAGAUGCUCUAGUUAAAUCACAAACUGGUUCAGGAAAAACAUUAGCUUAUGCCGUUCCUAUUGUACAAAAAUUAUCUGGUAUCACUCCAAAGAUUGAUCGAUCACAUGGUCCUUAUGCUAUAGUUGUUGUUCCAACUCGAGAGUUAGCAACACAGAGUUAUCAAGUUUUUAUGAAGAUAUGUAAGCCAUUUGUUUACAUAGUGCCAGGUUGUUUAAUGGGAGGAGAAAAAAGAAAAGCUGAAAAAGCAAGAAUAAGAAAAGGUAUAAAUAUAUUAGUUGGUACACCUGGUAGAUUAGUUGAUCAUUUAAAGAAUACACAUGGUUUAGUAUUACAACAUGUACAGUAUCUAGUGUUAGAUGAAGCUGAUAGGUUAUUGGAUAUGGGAUAUGAAAAAGAUGUUGCUGAGAUUAUAAAUUGUCUGGAGCACAACGCUUCUAAACAAACAAGACAAACUAUAUUAUUAUCAGCAACACUGACUGAAGGCGUAGAGAGAUUAGCCGGAAUCACCAUGUAUAACCCAGCUCGGGUUUCGGUAGCUAAUGAGGAAAGUGAAAGUAGAAUACCUGUAAUAAAGGAAAUCAAAGAACAAUCUGAAAAACAUUCAAGUCAGUCUGUAAAUAAAGAAGAACAUUUUGCUGUGCCACAAGCUUUAAAACAACAUUUUGUGAUUACACCUUGUAAAUUACGACUUGUGACACUUGUAGCUUUUCUUUUAACAAAAUGCAGAUUUAGUAAAAAGAAGAAUAAAAUUAUAGUGUUUUUAUCAACUCAAGACUCUGUCGAAUUUCAUCAUAAAUUAUUGAACAAUAUAUUCUGUGCUAAGAAGAAAAAUACAAAAGUUUUAAAAGAGAAAAGUGAAUCACUUGAAUCUGGUUCUGAAUCCGAAGAGGAAGAAUAUCAUGUUACAGAAUUAUCAUUUGAUUUAUUUAAAUUACAUGGUGAUAUGUUACAAAAGGAACGAACACAAGUUUUUGAAAAAUUCAGAUCGAUGGACUGUGGUGUUUUACUAUGUACAGAUGUUGCUGCUCGGGGACUUGAUCUACCACAAGUCAGUUGGAUUAUCCAGUACACAACACCAGGUCAGACGUCAGACUAUAUACAUAGAGUUGGUAGGACAGCUAGAGUAGGAGCCCAAGGACAGUCAUUAUUAUUCUUAAUGCCUACAGAAUGUGAUUAUGUACAACUUCUUAAUGACAAACAAAUAAGUUUACAGGAAAUGCCAAUGAUUAAUAUCCUAAAGAAUCUGAUGUCUGUGGUUAAAUAUUUAAAAUUACCAGAAGAUGCAAAAAGACAAAGACCACGUACAUGGGAAGAAGCAGCAACAGCAGUACACAUGUUAUUUGAAACUCAUGUGGCUAAGCAUCCAUUUAUGUCAGAAUUAGCAAGACAAGCUUAUCAAUCUUUUGUUAGAGCCUAUGCCACCUAUCCCAGUCAUAUGAAAAAUAUUUUCUCUAUUAAGAAAAUUCAUCUUGGUCACCUGGCAAAAAGUUUUGCCCUACAAGAUGCCCCUGGUAAAAUAGGAGUAGUUCAGUCCAAGAAAUUCCAGGCUGAGAAAGCUCAGGAAAAGAAAGAUUUUCCAAAGAAAAAGUUUAGAUCCAACGUAUCUGAAUUUUCUAGUGGAUUUGGGUCACAUCUUGGAGUAACACCCCGACACAGAAACCUUCAGAAGAAAAUAGUUCAAAACCAACAUAUGAAAGAAAGAAAGAAAGCCAGAAAGCUAGCCAAUAAAACUGCCAAAAAUAAUAAAUAAUACUUUUUGAUACUUGUUUGAGUUUAUUGCACUAAAGAUUGAGUUGGAGUUUGAUAGGAUACUGUAUACCUAUAUAAAUUGAAUUCAAAUUUUGUAUACGAUUUAACCGAUAUAACCGUUGGUGGAAGUGGACUUUAAGCCUGACAUCAAGUAACAUUGAGGUUGACGUACAGGCCAUACUGCUCGUACUUUAUCGCAUGUUAUACUUUAGAUGUUAUCAAAAUUCCUGUCUUCAUUAGCAGAACAGUAGGAUGUUAAACCCCAUUUCAUUUGAUCAAUUUCUCAGUUUUAACACUUUAUUUGUGAAGAUCUGUGUCUACACAAUGUAAACUGUGAAGUGAGUAACAAAGAAUCGGUACAGGUGGGAGUAAACUAGUCUGUUAUCUUAUCAAAAACAUUUUCUUCUACCAAACAGGUACAGCUUCAGAGAUCCAAGUACGAAAUAUUAACAUCAUUUAGGUAUGGGCAGAGUCUUAAAAAAAUAAAAAUAUUGUAAACACUACAGGCCUCAACUUUAUACCUGUUCAGAUUGUGUUCAAAUGAAGUUGCUUGCCCAUGUAGGAUGCUGGGAAAAGGCACCAUGAAGGGGCAAAUUUAUGUACUAUUAAAACAUCCUCUUCAGAAUGCUGAAUAUGUAUUCCUUUGGUGGAAAUCAUUCUAGACAAUCAAGAUAAAAGUUUAUUAAACAGGCA